AUGGAAAAAGGUUCGAUUUUGAUAAUGUUGUUAAUGGUGGGGUUGUUGGGUUUGUAUGUGGAAGGGCUUGGUGUGAACUGGGGAACACAAGCAACUCACAAGUUGCCUCCGGAAACGGUUGUUCAGAUGUUGAAGGAUAAUGGGAUUCAGAAAGUUAAGCUUUUUGAUGCGGAUGAUACUACAAUGAGUGCUUUGGCUGGGAGUGGGAUUGAAGUGAUGGUUGCGAUUCCUAAUAAUCAGCUUGCUGAGAUGAAUGAGUAUAAACGGGCUCAACAAUGGGUUAGGAAGAAUGUUACUCGGUAUAACUUCGAUGGUGGUGUUAAGAUCAAAUAUGUAGCAGUUGGGAAUGAGCCAUUUUUGAAAUCCUACAACAAUUCAUUCUUGAACAUCACACUACCUGCACUGCAGAACAUUCAAAAUGCCAUUAAUGAAGCCGGUCUUGGAAACGCUGUAAAGGCUACUGUGCCUUUAAAUGCCGAUGUUUAUGAGUCUCCGGUGGACAAUCCUCUUCCAUCUGCAGGAGUAUUUAGGCCUGAUAUCAAUGGUCUCAUGACUCAGAUGGUAGAAUUUCUCAACAAGAAUGCUGCACCAUUUACCGUCAACAUUUACCCCUUCUUAAGUCUUUACGGAAAUGACGAUUUCCCUUUCAACUACGCCUUUUUUGACGGUGUAGACAAACCGAUAAACGAUAACGGAAUCUUAUACACCAAUGUCUUCGACGCAAAUUUCGAUACAUUGGUUUCUGCUCUCAAAUCAGUCGGUUUUGGCGACACACCAAUUUUGGUAGGAGAAGUAGGAUGGCCUACAGAAGGCGACAAGAGUGCCACCACCGGAAAUGCAAUAAGAUUCUACAAUGGCCUCCUUUCAAGGGUCGCAGCAAACAAAGGAACCCCUCGCCGUCCCGGAUUCAUCGAAGUUUAUCUCUUCGGACUCAUCGACGAAGACGCAAAGAGCAUUGCCCCAGGGAACUUUGAGAGACACUGGGGAAUAUUCCGAUACGAUGGACAGCCAAAGUUUACAAUGGAUCUUUCAGGCCAAGGUCAAAACAAGCUUCUAGUCGGUGCACAAAACGUGAAGUAUCUCGAUCAAUCAUGGUGCGUGUUUAAUCCCAAUGCUAAAGAUCUCAGCAAACUUAAUGACAAUAUCAAUUACGCUUGCACUUACGGAGAUUGCACCGCACUCGGAUAUGGAUCUUCUUGCAACAACCUUGAUGCUAAUGGAAAUGCUUCUUAUGCAUUCAACAUGUACUAUCAAGUGCAGAAUCAGGAUCGUCAAGCUUGCAAUUUUCAAGGCUUAGCUAAGAUUACUACAGAGAAUAUUUCAACACCUACUUGCAAUUUCCUCAUUCAGAUUGUUCCUUCUUCAGCAUCUUCUUCUAUGCCUUCAUUUCCUGUUUUGUUGUUUAUCGCUUUCUCUAUGAUUCUCUUGGCUUAG